AUGUCGGGGACAGCUAAAACGCAAGUUUUGGUCGAGGAGGGUGGAAAUCAUUGCAGAAAACGCUCUCACAGUAAUAACGACCAGUGUAUGAAAAGAGUAAAAUUGGACGAUAUGAGUGCAAGUGAAAAGAAAUCGAAUUUCUCCAUGUUGAAUUCGAAUUCAAAUGGAACAAUAAAAUUAGCGUCGUCCUCUAUGACUAAGCCUGGGGCGACAACCAAGAAACUGGUUAUAAAGAACUUUAAAAGUAAACCGAACCUUCCAGAAAACUAUCAAGAAACGACAUGGAGCAAGUUACGGGAGGCUGUGAUAGCUAUUCAGACUUCAAAAGCCAUAACGUACUCCUUGGAGGAGCUUUACCAGGCGGUUGAAAAUAUGUGCAGUCAUAAGAUGGCUUCACAAUUAUAUGUUAACCUUACAAAUCUUGUAGAGGGACAUGUAAAAUCCAAUAUAGAACAAUUUCUCUCGGAGAGCAUGGACAGGCAGGUGUUCCUUAAACGCAUGGACGACUGCUGGCGUGCUCAUUGUCGCCAAAUGAUUAUGAUUCGUAGUAUAUUCUUAUAUCUUGACCGGACCUAUGUAUUGCAGAAUCCUAGUAUACAUUCUAUAUGGGACAUGGGCCUAGAUUUAUUCCGACACCACAUAGCCAUGAAUACACUGAUCCAAACUCGGACGGUGGAUGGACUCCUUCUUCUGAUUGAGAGGGAACGAGGAGGAGAUGCUGUAGAUAUUUCGUUGCUUAAGAGUCUACUACGAAUGUUAUCUGAUUUACAGAUAUAUCAAGAUGCAUUUGAGCACAAGUUUCUCCAGGCAACCGAGCGUCUUUACGCGGCGGAAGGUCAAAGGCUAAUGAGAGAAUUGCCUGUUCCUGAAUACUUAGCGCACGUUGAGAAACGCCUUAGAGAAGAGAAUGAACGCUUACUGCAUUAUCUUGAUCCUUGUACUAAAUGGCAACUAAUCCGCACAGUAGAAAGACAACUUCUUAGUGAACACCUCACUGGCAUCUUGAGCAAGGGUUUGGAGUCCCUCAUGGAUGGUCCUCGGUUGAAUGAUCUGACCACUCUAUAUAACCUCUUCAGUCUAGUUAAAGACGGACUGAAUGAGCUGUGUAGUCACUUUAAUGCGUAUAUAAAGAAAAAAGGUCGUACAAUAGUGAUAGAACCGGAACGAGACAAGAGUAUGGUGGCUGAGCUACUGGAGUUCAAGGAGCAGCUGGACAAUAUUGUGACCACCUGCUUCCACAGGAACGACCGGUUCCUCUACUCCAUGCGGGAGGCCUUCGAGUUCUUUAUCAAUCAGCGGCAGAAUAAACCUGCUGAACUUAUAGCAAAAUUCGUCGACGUUAAACUGCGCGCGGGCAACAAAGAAGCAACCGAGGAGGAAUUGGAACGCCUUCUCGAUAAGAUCAUGGUGUUGUUCCGUUUUAUUCACGGCAAGGACGUGUUUGAGGCGUUCUACAAGAAGGACUUGGCCAAGCGCUUGCUCGUUGGAAAGUCCGCUUCCGUGGACGCGGAGAAAUCAAUGUUGAGCAAACUGAAGCAAGAGUGUGGGGGUGGAUUUACUUGCAAGCUGGAGGGGAUGUUCAAGGAUAUGGAGCUAUCUAAGGAUAUUAAUGUCACUUAUAAGCAGCAUUUAGCAGCAAAUCAAGAAGGCUGUUGCCUGGAUCUAUCAGUAUACAUCUUGACAAUGGGAUUUUGGCCGACCUAUCCCCCAGUUGACGUACGCCUUCCAGCGGAGCUGACGCGGCAUCAGGAACACUUCGCCAAGUUCUAUUUGGCUAAACACUCGGGCCGGAAGCUGCAAUGGCAACCCACGCUUGGUCAUUGUGUGCUUAGAGCACAUUUUCCUCAGGGUAACAAAGAGUUGCAGGUUUCGCUGUUCCAAGCUCUAGUCCUAUUGCUAUUCAACGAUGGAGAUAAUCUAUCAUUUGAAGAUAUUAAAGCUGAUACUAAUAUUGAGGAAGGUGAACUGCGGCGCACGCUGCAAUCCCUGGCCUGCGGCAAAGCGCGAGUCGUGUGUAAGAGUCCGCGCGGACGCGAAGUCGCGGAUACGGACACGUUCACCUUUAAUGGGGACUUCACCAACAAGCUCUUCCGUAUAAAGAUUAACCAGAUACAAAUGAAGGAGACGAGCGAGGAACAGAAGGCGACCGAAGAGCGCGUGUUCCAAGACCGACAGUACCAGAUCGAUGCAGCCAUCGUUCGUGUCAUGAAGAUGCGGAAGGCGCUCUCGCACAACCUCCUCAUCUCGGAGUUAUAUAACCAGCUCAAAUUCCCCGUUAAGCCCGCGGACCUCAAGAAACGCAUAGAAUCACUUAUCGAUAGAGAUUAUAUGGAACGCGACAAGGACAACCCCAACCAAUACAACUACGUUGCGUAA